AUGCUCGCAUCGAGGCGGAGGAUCUGGGCCGCCGCGCUCCUCGCGCUCGUGCUCUUUGCAGGUGCCGUCACCGCGUCGGUGGGCGACCGGCUGCCCGAGUUCAAAGACUGUGUCCAGGUUUGCGAGGCUGAAAACUGCCGCGACGGUCACCAAACGCCAAUCCCCCUUCACCGACGUCUCCUCCUCUGGAACUGCCCCGCCGAGUGCGAUCACACGUGCCAGCACAUCAUCACCGCGCAGCGCGUCGCCGGCGGCGCGCCUGUCGUGCAGUUCCACGGCAAGUGGCCCUUUCGGCGGCUGCUUGGGCUGCAGGAGCCGUGCUCGGUGCUCUUCUCCCUCGGCAACCUGUGGGCGCACUGGGACGGGCUGCGCAAGGUGCGCGCGCGCAUCCCCGCGCGCUACGCGCUGCGGCCCUGGUACGUGGUGCUCGCCCACGUCGGCGUCGCCUCGUGGGUCGCGUCGGCCGUCUUCCACGCCCGCGACUUUGCCGCCACCGAGCAGCUCGACUACUUUGCCGCCGCCGCCAACGUGCUGUACGGCACCUACUACGCGCCCGUCCGCGUCUUCCGCCUCGACCGCGCCACGCCCACCCGCCGCUCGCUGCUGCGCGCGUGGACCCUGCUCUGCGUCUUGCUGUACUGCGCCCACGUCGCGUACCUCAAGGGCGUGCGCUGGGACUACACGUACAACAUGGCGGCGAAUAUCGGCGUCGGCGUCGUGCAGAACGUGCUGUGGACGUGGUUUAGCGUGCAAAAGUACAGAGAGUCGAGGCGCCUGUGGACGACGUGGCCUGGUCUGGUCGUCGCCUGGGUGGUAUUCGCCAUGAGCAUGGAGAUGUUUGACUUUCCGCCGUGGCUGGGCUCGAUUGACGCGCACAGCUUGUGGCACCUGCUGACGAUUGCCCCCACGGUUCUGUGGUACAAUUUCCUCGUCCUGGACGCCAAGGCCGACAUGGCCUCAGCCGAGAGACUCAAGGCAUAG